AUGGACUAUAGACCGCCUCUCAUCGCCUCAAUAUCCAUCACUUUGCCACUUGCAGCGAUUGUCCUCGUACUUCGACUUUUUGCGCGACGGUCGACGAGGGCCGGAUAUGGAAUUGACGAUUGCUUGGCGGUAGUGGCUUUUAUUGGAGCUCUUGGAUACGCGAUAGAUAACAUUGUUUGCUUUGGACUCGGUGUACCGCUCAAAGAUGGCCCAGCGCACCUCACUCACGACCAACGACUCGAGCGAUCAUAUCUUCUUACUUGGAUCAGCAGUCUCAUGUACACGACAGCUAUCGCCAGCGCAAAAUUCGCCGUAUUGACAUUUUACUGGCGUCUGUUCAAAUACUCGCAUACACGCAUCGCCAUACAAGUUGUUCUAAUUCUCUGUGGGCUAUGGACUCUGGUUCGCAUCUUCCUUUUGACGAUGCAAUGUCAGCCCACGGCUGCCUAUUGGGACCUUGAUCGCAGAGAAACCCAUUGCCACGUCAAAAGUUCCAUCUACUUCUUCUCCACUGGGUUGACACAUGCAGUUCUCGAUGUUAUUAUCCUGAUUCUUCCUGUUGUCGAGGUGUCAAGAAUGCGUCUUCCUCUCGGCCAGAAACUUGCCGUAAUUGCCUUGUUUGGCUUUGGUUCUCUUGUUUGCGUUUUGACCAUACUCGUGAUACACGAUGCUUUCAUGCUAAAUAAUGAUACGAAGGAUAUGACACUGUCAAUGGCCUACCAUGGCUCUCUAUGUGUCGCCGAGGUCAACCUGAGUAAUAUCACGAUUUCCUUGCCAAUGUUACGGCCAGCCUUCCGCGCAAUCAUUCCCUCAUCGUUUCUCUCCUCUCACAGGAGCAAACGUGCAGUCAUAGACUCAGUGCUGGCUCCCGAGUAUGGCAUGAAGAAGGGCAGCAAUGUGACGGAAACCUCACAUCAGGAAGGUACAAGCUCGAUUUGCGAAUUUGCGAUGCACACUGAUAUACCGUCUGGCUACGAUCUUGAAGCAUCGCAUGCGGGAUGGAGUUAUGGGACAGAAAUAACAAUUUUCAGCCCUUGGAGGAAUCAAACACCGCCACCAACAAUAAACGAAGGUUUGGAUGGUAUUCAGAUAUCAGAGGAAACCACGGUUCACGUUGAAAGACUCGGUGAACCCGGGGCUGAUAUGCCUGAUUUGGAUGAGAUUGAAAGUCCCAAAUAA